GAAAUGCGGUGGUGAUGUUGUGUGCUCAUUAGGAAAUACGGUAGUUGUGUUGUGAUGCGCAGUUUGGAUUGCGGUAGCGCAUUUGUGAUUACGGUACUUGUGAUGCCCGUUGGGAAAUACGGUACUUUUGGGCAUGCGCGUUUAGAAACAUCUCAGUUCUGGUAUUAUGUGCUACUGGAAUUAAGGUAGUUGUGAUGCGCAUGAACGCUGGGAGAUACGGUAUGGGCGCGUACACCCUUGGAAAUACGGUAGUCAUGGCGCGCAGGAGCGUUUGGAAACGGUAGUCAUGAUGCGCACCGCGUUGAGAAAUACGGAAUUUGGCCGGCUGUCUCAGCAGGAUCGGCGGCUCCGCCGUGCCCGGGGCUCCGGGUGCUGCUCACAUGUUCUUUUUUUCCACGGCUGCGAGAGCUUCCUCACGUCCAACCCGCGGUUUUUUGGGGAGCAGAAGGACCCAAAACCCGUCGGGUUUUCUCCUCUGAGCUCCUUUGGGACGUGCGAGGAGGGGGAUGGAGGCUGGGAAAGGCAUCCAUUUCCAUUUCUCCUGAUGGAUCAUGAGUGGUGUUUUGGAAGGAGGAUGGCCAAGGCUGCUCUGACAGCAUCAGAUUUCAUCAGAGCCCCGUGUGGAUGAGCACAACUGCACCCAAGCCUUGAUUUGGGCAAGGGAAGGGCUUGUGCUGUGUUCUGGAAGGAAAAAUUACACCACUAGUUGUUUGGGCUGAAAUAUUUCCCUGAGUAAGUCUUGGCACCUUGGAGGGUCAUGUCUUUUGGGAUAAGUGGCUUGUCCAGACUGGAAAGAGGGUGAACACCAAACCCAAGGCCUGCUGGAACUUGUGAGCAAUUGACACUGGGUUCAGGCCAUGGAAGGUUUUGAACAGCCUCGGGAGAAGAAAGAUAAAAGGAGUCAUAGGAGGCUAGGAUGCAGGAAAACUUUAUUGAGGCAAAAAAAUGUAAAAAGCAGGAGAAUUACAUAAAAUGGAAAUGAUCUGAGGUGCAGCACAGAUCCUUUCAUUGCAGAUGGUUUGGCCAGAGCAUCAAAGCCUUUCUGCCCCACAGUGGGAGCAGCUCAGCAGAGGUACCUGAUGGUGUCUGGCUUCGGAGAAGCGGUUUGCAGCAGAGGGAGCUGGGCAGAGGUGAAGAGGCAAUGCAGAGCAUGGAGUGGGAGAAGAGGAGGAGGCAGACAGGCCAUGUUUGCAGGCAGCCUGGGCUGCCCCUUGGCUACUGCCUUGCUUGAUGUCCUGAGAGCAGGAGCUGGAAGCACUGAGCACAUUUGAGAGCCUU